AUCAUCUGAUUAGAUAAAGAGGGCUUGGUACUGGGUCGAAGGCAUUCAGAACGCUGUGAAUUUCAUUCUGUUCACACAUUUUCAUCGUGGAAAGAACGUUUUCAAACGGUGUAAACAUGGUGUCCCUAGAAAGUGUGGCGGGUAUAGUGGUAAAAGUUCUCAAGUUGGUUCUUAAUCUCAUUAUCCUGAUCCUGUAUCGAACGGGAUACAAGGGGGAAUUCUUAGGCGUCGGAGGAACAUGGAACUUGAACGAAGACAAGAAUCCAGACGCAGAAAUCGUUGCUUCCGGUGUUUUGGUGGGCUUCUUCAUAUACACCAGUGUGGUUCUCAUCUCUUACUGCUUUGGGAGCCUGAACCACAAGAGAACGCUUGUUGAAGUUAUAAUGAACUUCGUUGGAACCUUCAUGUUCGUGGCUGUGGGUGGUACAGCGCUUCAUUAUUGGCACGGUUACCAAUCGGAACAUAAAUUCGAUACUAUUGUCCAAGAAAGACAGGUGGGUCUUGCUGUCGGAUCGCUAUGCGUCAUCGAAGGUGCAGCGUAUCUCGUAGACCUGAUACUGAGCUUUCUACAUUUCGCGAAAAACCGCGAUGACUUUUUAGAAUAAUCGUGCAACGCGUAACCAUCAUCACGCCAUACUGAUUCCAAUCAGUGACAUCUAUAAACAGGAAAAAAUAAUUGGCCCUUUGCUCGCUGCAGAGAACAACAAAAUUCAAUACACGUCACCUGCGCGAAAUAAAAACAUCUUUCAUGUAGCGAAUUCAUUCGAUGGUGGUCAGUGAAACGUUCGUUGAUCAAUAAUUGUCAAAGACAAAUCAUUCAGACAAUUGUUCGAUCCUUUUAAUUUAAAUAACUUAAUGACGAACACGCAUGUAAUGACACACGAUAUAAUAUUUUUUACUUAUAUUACGAAUAA